UUGAACGAAUUGGUAAGCAGAAAAGAAAACAACAGAUAAAAAUCGUACUAGCAGUUUCAGAAAAGAGCCCAUUUCCGUUACAUAAAAUUACUGAAUCUCCCGUUUUUCUUUUGACAUGGCGAGCGAGAAGGAAAAUCAUGUUGUGAAUGGUGAAGAUGAGGAAGAAGAGGAGAAGAUCGAGCAGUUUUUUGCGCUGUUAAGGAAUUUUCGAGAGGCGCGUAAUAGGCGAAAACAUGAGCUGAUACAAAGAGAGCAGGAAGAGAUAAGUAAGAAGAAGAAGAAGAAGAAAAACAAGAUAAGUAAGUUGGGUGAUGAUGGUGAGAAAUCCAGUUGGGUUCCAAGCUUCGAAUGGGAAGAUUUUACUGCAGAGAUUGAGUUUCGAAGACCAUCCAUCAUCUUUCCACCCUCUUUCAACAACAAACAAGAGGGGAAAAAACACGAAGAUGAUGGUUUGGAUCUUAACCUCACCCUGUCCCCAGCGUCAUCUUAAUUUUCUUGUUCAAAUAGAAUAUUCCUUUCUAGUUUUUUUUUCCUUUUUGGGGGUAAGAGAAGAAAACCUCCAUUUGGAGUUUGAUCAUAAUGUAAAAUUUAAUUAAUUGAUGUUAAUGAUCAAUGUUGAAUCUCGUUCCUCUUGGAUAUUGAGUUAGAAGUGGGUUGGUAAGGUAGGUGCAUGCCGUAAGUUUUCUUUUGGAAUUGGAUUUCAUAGAUGGCAAAGGAUCUGAUGUAAUUAGGUCGCUGGUAAGAGCCGGAGAUUUGUUAAUUGUUUUGUUUGUUGCUUGAGAUUUGGGAAUUCAACAACAGUACUUAGUUUUUGUGGUCUCA